AUGGCUGAAACAGUCGCAGAUGAAAAAGCCAUUGCAGGCCUUGAAGCCCCGGAAACCGUCCAUGACGAGUAUACCCCUCAGGAUGGAAGAACGGAACAGGAACGGCGGAGAAGCGAGAAAGCACUUGUCCGCAAGCUUGACUGUUUUAUCGCGCCUGUCAUGAUGUUGUUGAUGCUCAUCAGCUAUCUCGACCGCGGUAACAUCGGAUUUGCAGCGACCCAGGGCAUGUCGGCGGACAUUGGCCUUAAGGGGUCUGAAUUAAAUACCGCAGUUUCUGUAUUCUACAUCUUCUACAUCCUCGCGGAAUUCCCUACAUCGAUCUUGGUCAAGCGGCUCCAGUUCAAUCGAGUCAUUCCCACUAUUACGUUUUGCUGGGGUAUAGUAUGCCUCUUCGCGUCAGCUCUUUCAGGGGCUUUCGGAGGUCUGCUGGCCUGGGCCAUGCUGAGCAUGAAUGGCGUGGCUAAUAUGCCGGGGUGGCGAUGGCUUUACAUCAUCGAAGGCAUAAUCACAGUCGCAUGGGCUGCAUGCUGCGUCUUCGUCGUACCGAAGAACUUUGAGACAGCGUAUUUCUUGAAUGCAGAGGACAAGCUGCUCAUGAGGACGCGUGCCGAGGAAAUGGAGGCUUAUAGUGGAGGAUCGGGCCACUACGGCAAAGAAGACAUCAUGGAAGCUGCCAAGGACGUGAAGAGUUGGGUGCAUGGAGUGAUACAGAUCGCCGUGGUAACUAUUCUAUACGGCUUUGGCACAUUCCUCCCCAUCAUCAUCAGAGAAGGCUUCCGCUACUCACUGGUACAAGCCCAGUAUCUAGUCAUUCCCGUCAACCUCUGGGGAGCGCUCGUCUAUGCUAUAGGCGCGGUACUCUCAGACAAGUACAACAAGCGUUUCCUCCCGCUCAUCAUCUGCGCACCUUUUGGAAUUGCCGGCUACGCGAUCCUCCUCUGUAAAGUGUCACCCGCGGUGCAAUACUUUGCCACUUAUCUCAUCGCCACGGCUUGUUUUCUGUGUACCGGAGGUAACAUGUAUGAACUUCCCUUGAAGCUUCCAGUCACCGCCAAAGCAGAAAACAGAAACAAGUAG